CGCUCUUUCACCUGGGAAUGUGUAUUGAAGUUGCGUAGCCUAACACACACAUCCACAAAAGGUUUUGUGAUCCAGCAGAAAUGGCAGAUGAGAAAGUUGUACGGUUUGGAAUCCUGGGGUGUGCGGCCAUAGCCAGAAAACUUGUGAGAGCAAUUGCAAUUUCUCCAACUUCCUCAGUGUAUGCAGUUGCCAGCAGAUCAAUUGACAAGGCCAAGGCUUUUGCCUCUGCUAACAACUUACCUCCAGAAGUAAAGACGUAUGGAAGCUAUGAGCAGCUUUUGGAUGAUCCCUGUGUGGAUGCACUGUAUAUUCCUCUGCCUACAUCCUUGCACCUCGAAUGGGCUCUCAAGGCUGCCUACAAGAGGAAACAUAUUCUUUUGGAGAAGCCCCCUGCACUUUGUGUUGAAGACCUCGAUAUCAUCAUAGAGGCUUGUAAUAACAAUGGAGUCCAGUUCAUGGAUGGCACCAUGUGGAUGCACCAUCCGAGAACUCCCCAAAUGAAGGCCUUUCUUCAAAAUCCAGACCUCUUUGGAGAUCUCAAGUUGGUGCAGAGUACUUUCUCAUAUGCCGGUUCAGAUAAGUUCUUUGAGGAGGACAUUCGGGUUAAGCCAGAUUUGGAUGCACUUGGUGCGUUGGGUGACGUUGGAUGGUAUUGUAUUAGGGCAAUUUUAUGGGCUAAUGAUUACGAAAUGCCUCAGAGUGUGAUUGCACAUCCCAGGCCUGUUUUGAAUGAAGGUGGAGUGGUUACAUGUUGUGGGGCUACUUUUUCGUGGCAAGAUGGGAGGGUAGCAACUUUUAAUUGUUCAUUUCAUUCUCCUAUGACAAUGGAUUUAAGUUUCCUUGGGUCCAAAGGAAAUAUGCGUCUUCAUGAUUUUGUAAUUCCUUAUGAGGAGAACACUGCAUCAUUUUUCUCUUCUGCAAAUACUGGUAAGCACAAGGAAAUAAGCAGUGGUUGGGGCCCGAGGUCCAGUGAGCAUAUAGUUACAACAAAGUUUCCACAGGAAACUAUGAUGGUUCAAGAAUUUGGGAAGCUGGUUAAGGGAAUCCAAGAUUCUGGAGGCAAGCCUGAUUCUCUAUGGCCCUCCAUUUCAAGGAAAACACAGAUACUGCUGAAUGCUGUAAAUGAAUCUAUCCAGGAAGGCUUGGUUUCGGUUACGCUGUGAAGUAUUUUAAUGAACUUUUCAACAUGUUCUCUUUUGUACAAUGCAAAUGAAAACCAUGUUUCUAAAGAAUUAAGCUAAAUUUCUUUUUACUAUUAUGGACAUUUCUUCAUUGUCUUCGAUUUUAUGUUUUUAAUGCAUAUAAAUCUUUAUGUUCA